AUCAAUUCUGUUGAGAUGAAUUCACUUCCUCUACAUUCCGGCUUUUUCAACAUGUCGCAUAUAAACAACAGUGGUGUUCCUUACAAUAUAGAAACCGCAGAGUCACCAAACGUGACCUCCGUUGUUGGUACUUCAGAUACAGGAAACGAUACUAUUUUUGAUAGAACAGAUUUCUGUUCUACGCCGUACUGUAUUCCAAAUGCUCUGAUCAUCAGUACCAUAUCAAUCAGCGGAAUUAUCAUGAACUUAAUCGUGAUUGUUAUUGUAAAAGUUGACAAAAGAUUGCAUCAACCGACCUUCGUUGCAAUAGCAUGCCUUGCAAUACCCGAUUUCACCUUUCUUUUUUUUCGAUAUAUACGUUACAUCAUAGAUGGGUAUAUAUGGAUGAACAUUUCAAAAUCGGACUACAGGAAAAUAAAAACUGUUUUAGAUUUUAUAGGACUAGUAGCAGCAGGAUCGUCCGUUUUCCACGUUGUUUUCAUGUCGGUUUUGCGUUAUUUUAUAAUUGUCCAUCCCUUAAAAUCUCGAAGUAUAUUGACAAGUAAAAAGGUGAUGCUGAUUUCACUUCCGUUGUGGAUAGUUGCUGCCGGAAAUGGUUCAUUUUAUAUGUAUGCAGUAAUUUUUAACCUAGAUGAUAAGAAGUUAGCAUUCUACACGAAUUUGGUGGUGACAAUAUUUAUGACGGCGUUUCCAAUCAUCACUAUAAGUAUUCUUCAUACGUUCAAAGCAAAAGCGUUGUUAUGUUCUCUUUCCUCCACUGAGAUGGUAGUUCGGAAAAUGUCGAGAGUGGUUACAUUCGUAAUUUGCAGUUAUCUUAUAACAACUUCUCCAACUAAUGUUAUGGAUAUCAUAAGACUUUUCCAUCCGAGAUAUUUCAUGUCAAAAUGGUUAUUCAGAUUGGAACAAGCUGCAAGAAUAUUUUUCUUCUUGACUUAUGCGAUCAAUCCCUUUAUAUAUUUCAUAUUUUCACCACAGUUUAAACGUUUCAUUAAAGAAAACUGUUCGAAGACCAGAAUGAAAUUGUCACGUUCACGGCAAUCUCAAACAAUGUCCACGACAAUCCAUUCACAUUCCACCCAGCUCACUGAAAUCGGUUCUUCAGUUCAAGAUUACACUGCAAUAAAAACUCCGCACACUACAACUGAACUUGACACUAAAUGAAACAGAAAACGUUUAUUAUUAUUAUUAUCUUACCCUUGGGAUUUCAUUUGGCCAGCAAAGGAGCAAAAUGGUAGAACUCAGUGUAUUUGUUAUUUCUGAUUUUUAACUUGACAAAAAGAUUUUUAUGAUAAAGCUGUGAAAUUUGCUUCAGACUUUAGUCCUAAAUUGAUUUAAUUGAUAUGUAUAGAGAGAUAUUUUUUACUGUAAUCUUUAGUGAAGAUUCAACAGAUCCAAUCAGCUCAACUGUUUAUAUAAUAGGAUCAAUUGAUGGUGCAUAUGAGGUAUACAUUGUUUUUAAUCUAUAUAAAUAAAUAGGCGUUAUUUUCA